AUGGCUGAGGAAGCCUCGUCGACCUUCUCCCUCGCUGGCAAGGGCCUCAAAAUCGACACCAAAGAAGAUCUCGAGAAGCACAUUGACCUCCUCACAUCGUCCUCCGCGGUCACCCACAUCGAUCUUUCUGGAAAUACGUUGGGCGUUUCUGCAUGCGCCGCCCUCGCACCUAUCUUGGCCUCGAAACCGACUCUCCAGAGCGCCGAUCUACACGACAUCUUCACCUCCCGUCUCCUCGACGAAAUCCCACCAGCAUUAUCCUCUCUUCUCAAUGCCUUCCUCGAAUGCCCCAACCUUCACACAAUAGAUCUAAGCGAUAAUGCGUUCGGUCUCAACACGAAAGAUCCUCUCGUAGAUUUCCUAUCGAAACACAUCCCGCUAAAGCACCUAGUCUUGAAUAAUAAUGGCAUGGGUCCCCUGGCGGGUACUGCCAUUGCCGAAGCUCUCAUUACGCUUGCGGAGAGGAAGGAGGCAGCUAGAAGAGAAGGGAAGGAUGUACCACACCUGGAAAGUAUCGUGUGUGGCCGUAACAGGUUGGAGAACGGAAGUAUGCCCGCCUGGGCAAAGGCAUACGAGGCACACAGAAUCGGAAUUAAAAGCGUGAAAAUGACGCAAAAUGGUAUUCGACCCGAGGGUAUCUCCCACUUAAUCUCGUCUGGUCUGUCAAAAUGCGAAAAUCUUGAGGUUCUGGACAUGCAAGACAACACAUUCACCUUGAAAGGCGCACAUGCCCUGGCAAAAGCACUGAGUGGUUGGUCGAAUCUCAAGGAACUCGGUGUCGGCGAUGACCUACUGGGUGCUCGCGGCGCAAUCAAAGUUUUCGAGUCUUUCUCUGGAGGAGGUAACGAAAGGGUGGAAAUUCUCAGGUUGCAGUACAACGAUAUCACUCCAGCUGGGGUGAAGACCCUCCUAAGAGCUGCAAAACAUGAUUUACCCAGAUUACGACGAGUGGAGCUGAACGGGAACAAGUUUGAGGAAGAGGAUCCUUCGAUUGAAGAGUUAGCCGUGCUGUUAAGCGACAGAAAAGAUGAGCUUGGGAAGGGGGAGGAUCCAGAAGACCAUUGGGGACUGGACGACUUAGAUGAAUUAGAAGGAGAGGAAGAAGAGGAAGAGGAAGAAGAGGCGGAAGAGGAAGAGGAGGAAGAGGAAGAGGAUGAACUAGCAGAGAGAGUCCUCAAAGAGGCCGAGGAGGCCGAGGAGGAGGAGGUAGCGGAGGAAAAAGAUAAAGAAGUCGAUGAAUUGGCCAAGGCGCUGGAGAAGACGCAUGUGUGA